ACACAAUCCUCCAUGUUCCCUUACACCUCCGGCCAUAUUCUCCGAAGAAUCAAUAUUUCGAACUUUCUCUGUGUUUUCUUUCCUGCGGGGAAUUUUUCUGGGGCAUAAACUUUUCCAGGGUGUCAUCGUUUCUGGAGUUAACGCGGCAGUCAUCCGGGGCAAACAGCGCUCUCUUAAAUGUGGAUUCUUCGAAAAGCCUCCGUUAAACAGAGGAAAUGCAGCAUUUUCUCUAACCCGGAGGUACCGCUGUUGAACUGAGUCAGCGGGGAAGAGCAUGUAGAAAUCCGAAAGAAGUGACGACGCAGUGGGAAUUGAAAUUCUCAGCUCAGGAAUGUUUAUGUUAACGCAAAGCCCGGUUUUAUUCAGAUCCUUCUCAUCAAAAUGAUGUUUUCUUCCCUCUCUCUGUCUCAGGAUGAGUUCCAUCCGUUCAUUGAGGCUCUGCUGCCCCAGGUCCGUGCCUUCGCCUACACAUGGUUCAAUCUCCAAGCCAGGAAAAGGAAGUACUUCAAAAAACAUGAAAAGAGGAUGACUAAAGAAGAAGAGAGAACUGUCAAAGAUGAACUGCUGGGGGAGAAGGCAGAGGUGAAACAGAAGUGGGCCAGCCGUCUUUUGGCAAAGCUAAGAAAGGACAUUAGACCUGAAUGCAGAGAAGACUUUGUCUUAUCAAUCACUGGGAAGAAAGCUGCAUGUUGUGUCUUGUCAAACCCUGACCAGAAAGGCAAAAUGAGACGCAUAGACUGUCUACGACAAGCCGACAAGGUGUGGCGAUUGGACCUGGUGAUGGUUAUCCUUUUUAAAGGGAUCCCACUGGAAAGCACAGAUGGAGAACGGCUGGUGAAAGGAGGCCAGUGCUCCAAUCCAGUCCUCUGUGUCCAGCCUCGACAUAUCUCUGUCUCUGUCAAGGAGCUCGACCUCUACCUCGCUUACUAUGUACAAGAGAGAGAGACAGAGGACAGCAGCAGUCCCAGUCGUACAGGAAUGGGUUCUGAUCAGGAGGACAGUCAAACGGCCACCAUGGAUGGUCCAGAGUUCCAGGAGAGUUUUGUGACAUCAGGAGUUUUCAGUGUUACUGAGCUGGUCCAGGUCUCAAGAACUCCAGUAGUAACAGGAGUAGGACCUGGUUUCUCAAUGGGGGAGAUCCAGGGUCAUCUGGCCUAUGACCUCAACCAGUCUGUCCACCAGUCCGUCAACCAGCCAGUCAGCCUCAGACGAUCAGCGGCCAGCACCUCAUCCAGUGGGAGUAAGCGUCAUAAGUCUGGUUCUAUGGAGGAAGAUGCUGACAGUCCAGGAGGGGAGUAUUACCACUCACCUUCAUCUCCUGCCAGCAGCUCCAGGAACUGGGCUGAUGACAUGGAAGGAGGUCUGUCUCCUCCAGUUAAGAAGGCAGAGCUGGAUAGUCCCACUCCCCAGGAGGAUUCACCAAGAAUGGGCUCCUUUACACAGCACCACCGGCCAGUCAUUGCUGUUCAUAGUGGUCUGUCUCGGGGCCCCCAUCCGUCUUCAUCUCUUCACUUCCCGUCCUCCUCCUACUUUCCCCAUGGAGCAAUUCGCUAUCCUCCCCACCUGGCCCAGGACCCCCUAAAAGAUCUCGUCUCAUUAGCCUGCGACCCUGCUAAUCAAACCCCAGGCUCGCUGAACGGCAGUAACCAGGUUAAGGUGCCCAGUCACUACAUCUCCUCUCAAAUGUUGGCACCCCCUGGACCAGCACCCUCCCUGGCUUCUCCUCCGUCAUCCCUCCCUAGGCCAACACUUCCAACAGAGUCAAAGGCCACUACCACGUCAUCUGAUGGGGCAGCAAACUCCCCCACAUCACCCAUCUUGGUAUCUGGGCAACUGAGAGAGCUCUGGAGGAAAGGUGAUUGUCAUGACAGUGCUGUCCUGGAGGAAAGGAGAAAAUGUUGUGAAGAUGUUCCCAGAGGAAAAAUAUAUUCAGCUUUGUAGAAACCUAACGCAUGGUCAUACAUAUCUAUAAAUAUAUAUCAUAAUAUAUUUAUACAUGUGUUUGUAGCCAGAAGAGACCACCUGGAUGGAAGAUGGGUGCUGCCCUUACUCAGCCAUUUUAUAGCUCCAGAAUGAACUAUGCCAUAUGAUGCUACAUGGCUGUCAGAAAUGGCCACUGGCGUGAGUUGUGAUUUUCAAGUAUAAGCAAUGGAUUGCUGCAGAAUUCUGGUUGGGCCAAACGAACUACAGACCAGGACCAGCCAUCAAUAUACCACAUCCUAAGAAGCCUGUAACCCAGCUGUGUCCCCAGGAAGGGCCUGUUUAACUGGGAUGGAUGUCAGCCUUUACCCCUGUACCCUGGGUCUCGACACUAAAUCCAGUACAAUGCCUAUAUAAACCUCACCCCCCUGUUAACACCCAGAAUGCCCCUCUCCCCUGCAGGUGCUGCUUAUAAUAUAUGCAAAUAAGCCUCCCUUAUUUUCUGAGAGAUCCUGUUAAUAUCUAAUGUUUCUUUGCACUUUUUGACUAUGUUAUUGAUAUGUCUGAAAAAAUUACGAGCUGAAA